CUCCUCCUGUCACGCUGAUUGUCGUUGUCGGCACCUGUGUAACUGGUUCUUAGUGGCUGUUGUGGACCGAUAUCUUUGCUGUUCGCUGUGCACGUCAUCCAUCUGUUGUUGUCUGUUGCUUGAUCGUUUGUCUCACAUGCAACUGGUUUUUAUGCGAACGGUCGAUGAAUCCCGCAUAUCUGUUGUCAUCGACAAAGCCCCUCGUUCAUCUCGGGGGAUCGGCCUGCAAUGGUUCAACAUUUUAUGGGCUGUGAGUUAACAUCGUUUAGUGGUACGUUUCAGGCCGCUAUCAAGGCCACACCUACCGCGGUGAUCAGAAGCCGUCUGCCCUCACGUUCAAAAACUGCUUCGAUGGCCACACAAGCUUUGGCCCCGCACAAAGAUGGAGCAGUAUCCCGCUGCCUGCAUUUACGAAAACGACUUCGUCAUGAUAGAGUGUACCAUCACUCGCUUCAAAUGUGAUGCUAACGGCGAUGCCGUCUACAAAGAUGGAUGGAAACAUUGGCAUGCACAACUUAAACUACUCACCAUCACCAAACUCAUCGAAGGACCAGAACCGACGAUCAAAUGUCAAGGUCGGAAUACAGGACGAUGACGUCCGCAUCUAACUCAUUAUCUCUACGUUCUUCACUGAUCUUCACUUCAUUGACUUUCACUAUGUUCAAACUACUCGUAACUGUUCUGUUGACAACUCCUCAUUUAUCCUCUAUAUAUCGCCUGUACUCUAUCAUCUGUAUAUCGCGAAUGAUCCUGAUUUCUCUCUCGUUUUCCUCUCUAUAUCGCGAACUGUGCAUGCCUUUUGUACUCAAUCCUCUCUAUAUCGCGGACUAUUUCUUUCUCUCGUAACGCUGUGCCUCUGAACUAUCCGCUGGUCAUUCGGACCCGGGCGUGCGGACGCAGCGAGU